UGGAUAUUUUACGAGCGAAUAUUAACUUCUAGGUCAUCUGCGGAGUUCUAGUUAUAUAAAUGGCGCGACUAACGUCUUUGAAGCUCCGACAUAUUCAGUUACUCUUGUGUACUCUAUACACGUCAUGGUUCAUUUUCGGGUUGUUCAGCCAGUCUUUUGUGGAUAUAUUUUCCCUACCUUUUUCUAGUAAACAAGAAAUAUAUAAGCUAUUCACAUUCCAUUUGGUGACAGAUGAGAGUUUCGUUUUUCUAAUGACACUGGUAGCCUUUUUUAUUUAUACGAAGCUUGUUCUAGACUCAUGGAGCACGACUGAAGUAGUAUUUUAUUACUGGCUUGUAAAUGUAGCUACUGUUAUUGUAUCACUUUAUCCUCUAGUGCUUCAAUUAUUUAAUUUUACCGUUUCUGUCUCUCGAAUCAAUGGUGCAUCUGCCUUCGUUUCUUCAGUGCUUGUAGUUCUUAUCCAACUACGGCCAGAUCAACCGGUUAUCAGCUGUAAGGGCUUUAGCAUUGUAUCCAGAUAUGCUCUUUUGUUGGUACUGGCUGCUUAUUUCAUUGCAGCCAUAAUAGGAUUAGUAAGGUUUACGUCUUUAGCGUUGUUUUUUAAUGGGAUGUUGUUCAGUUGGUUCUAUCUUCGUUUCUGCCAGCGACACCCUCAAGGAAGGAGAGGAGAUCAUGGUUCCUCAUUCGCUUUUGCAAGGCUCUUUCCUGAACCAAUUGCUACAAUAGUCUCAAUUCCUACUAACAUGUGUUAUCAAGUAUUACUUCGAACUAAGCUGUUCCCUGCGCUGAGAAGAGAAGGUGAAAUUACCGUGACAUCUUCUUUUGGAAUUGUUACACAUGGCGCUAUAACUCCUGAUUCUGAAAGACAUAGACGCAUUGCUCUAAAGGCACUAAAUGAACGUUUUAUGAAGAAGGAGAAUCUUAUGACUACAUCAAAUGAAUUGGUCACCACAUGGCCUAGUUUAAUGGAUUCGGAUGAAACACAGAAAUCAGGAGAGAAUGCGUCAAAGGAGUCUAGUGUAAUAGUUAAUUUACCAACUGAUACAAGUUCGAGUAAUUCCACGCUUACUGAUUCGCAAAAUGUAUGACGUUACAUCUCUAGUCAGUGAAUAUAUUAAUUAAACAGCUUGAAAGAUUGAAAUUUUGUAUUAUAAUAUUCAUUCCACUUUGUACAAUGACAUUUUGAUGCCGACCCUUUAUGGGCUUCAUUUUUAUUACUUUAGCACAUUGCCUAAUACUUUCGAAACAACACUGUGUGAUACAUUUUAAAGUUACAUUUAUGAACUUGCAUGGUUUAUUUUCCCAGAAUUUGUAAACGAGUAGGUGGUACUCACAUGACAUAUCAUAAUCAAUACCCUACUGUGGAUAAAUAUAUAUCUUUUGAGUGUUUAUUUUAAUAUAGAUAUAUUAGUGAAUUCAUAUCAUAGAAUUUUUGUUGAUAUUCUCACACUUACUGAAUCCUGGGGAGUUUGAGUUUGGCAGAUAUAAACAAAAGCAGCUUAAUUCUAUUGUACAAUAUUUGAAAGUUGCCGUAUUGAAUACUUUACUCACUCAAUGAAAG